GGAAUUUUGAGUCUUUUCGCGAAAAAAUAAAAAUAAAUAUCGAAAAAAUAAUAUUUAAAAGGUAGCGCAAGUGUGACUUGAUAUCUUCUGUGAUUUAUCAUAGCAAACGUGAUUUAAAGUAUAUUUUAUCAAUAAAAAAAAAUAAAUAAAUAAAAAAAGUGAAUAAGUCAGUGACGAAGACAAGCAAAAAUAAUUUUUAAGCACUGGCCACAACAAAGAAAAUAAUUUCGCAUCAGUACAUCAAACGCCCGCCAAACACCGUUUACAAUCGGGUAGCCGCCGAUAGUGGAAUGGUGAUGGCAGGAAAUAUCUCGACACAGGAAAUAUGUGAAAAUACAAAAUUGGCUCGGGAAAUGGCGCUUGUCGGCAAUUACGACUCUGCCGGGAUUUAUUACGAAGGUGUCACACAAAUGCUGAACAAAUUGCUGAUUACGUUGCAUGAUCCCAUCAAGAAGGGCAAGUGGACAAUGGUACUGACACAAAUAAACAAAGAGUACAAUCAAAUGAAGCAAAUCCAGAAGACACUCAUGGAGAUCAGCAUGGACCUCAAGAAUGCCCCCUUGCUGGCGCGUACGCAACGCAAUCACGGCGAGGCAAGUCGACCAGGUGACCCAUCUGCAUUUUUCCGUCCCGAACGCGACGACAUCUAUUAUCCGCCAUCUCUAAACCGUGAUCCCGACGUUUGGGACCCUCCUCCUCCUCUAGAAAACAAGUCACGAAAUACUCGAAUAAGCACAGCGAAUCGCAAAUCCGAGGUAAAUCGCAAAAAUGCAGCUACCAAGUCAGCGGGCAAUGCACCGCCCGGCAUCAAGGGUCGCAUGGGAGGCACAACAAAUCGCCAAGUCAACGGGAAAGGAUCUUCGGCACGUGCUAGCAGCAGCAAAAACGGCACCAGCAACGGCAAAGAAAACGGUGAUAACAAGGGAGGUGAAAAGUCUGAUAAGGAUAAGGAAAACGAGGAAGAAGAACAAAACGCGGAGCCGCCAGAGAAGAAAUUCGAAGCUGCCAGCCAUGCAGAUGUGGAUUUAGUGGAUAUGUUAGAGCGAGACAUUUUACAGAAGAACCCGAACGUCAAAUGGGAUGACAUUGCAGAAUUACACGAAGCCAAAAGACUGUUAGAAGAAGCUGUUGUCUUGCCAAUGUGGAUGCCAGACUUUUUCAAGGGAAUUCGUCGCCCGUGGAAAGGAGUGCUGAUGGUGGGUCCCCCAGGUACGGGCAAAACGUUACUAGCCAAAGCUGUCGCCACGGAAUGCGGCACGACGUUCUUCAAUGUCUCCUCUUCCACACUCACGUCCAAAUAUCGCGGCGAAUCGGAGAAACUUGUGCGUCUUCUCUUCGAAAUGGCGCGUUUUUAUGCGCCCAGCACGAUUUUUAUCGACGAAAUUGACUCGCUGUGUUCGCGUCGUGGCUCCGAAUCCGAGCACGAGGCUUCGCGUCGCGUCAAAUCCGAGCUUCUUGUGCAAAUGGACGGUGUCAAUACCGAAGAAGGCAUCGUUAUGGUGUUGGCAGCUACAAAUUUCCCGUGGGACAUUGACGAAGCGCUGCGUCGUCGUUUAGAAAAACGUAUUUACAUCCCGCUUCCUAAUGAUGAAGGACGUGAGGCACUGCUGCAAAUCAACUUGAAAGACGUAAAAGUCGAUCCAACGAUGGACAUGAAGCGUUUUUCGCGAAAACUCAAGGGAUAUUCCGGCGCUGACAUUACGAAUGUGUGCCGCGAUGCCAGUAUGAUGUCGAUGCGUCGCAAAAUUGCCGGCAUGAAGCCGGAGGAAAUUCGGUCGUUGUCGCGCGAGGAACUCGAUAUGCCCGUGACGGCAGAGGACUUUGACGAAGCCAUUAAAAAAUGCAAUAAAAGUGUCUCGGAACAAGAUCUCAGGAAGUAUGAGGCAUGGAUGAAGGAAUUCGGCUCGUCAUGAUGAAAUUAUCGCGAGACAUUUUAUUUUAUACCUAUCAUAAUAUUAUUGUUAUUGUUAAAAAGAAAUUCAAGUCGUCGUCAUAUCAUUCUCUACACUCUAAUUAAUUACUAAAAAAAGUCUUUUGUGACUGUCUGUCUGUUUUUUUUUUGUGAGAUUCUUUUAAAUUUAACUCGUAAACACACUGCUCAAAUAUGACGCUUCGUUCUCCUGUUCGUAACAUUAAAAUUAAGACAUAAAAAAACUAAUUCUAAGAAGAAAAAUCAGUGCCCGAUUUAGCUAGUGUUGAACACAAUUAAUAACCAAAUAACUUUUGAUAUCAAACUAAUGUCGAGUGAUAAAACCCAAUCAGGCCUUUUUUUUGUAGAAAUUUUUGUUAAUUUUUUUGUAAUUCUUUUAUUAAAAAAAUCUUUGUUAGUACGAAUAAAUUUUGCAUGCAAUUUUUAACAAAUUAUAAGCCAUAAAAUCAAUCUUACCAACAAGCGCAAAGCUCUCUAAUCCACUUUACAUAUUCCCAAUUCCAAUCCGACAAAUCAGCUAAUUUAAUUUUUUUAGUUAAAUAAUUGUAAUUUUUUAUAAUAAUAAAAAAAUCUAAUUUUAAGUAAUUUCUCCUGAGUUUGUGAUUAAAAUAUGAAAAAUAAAACUAGAAAUAAUAAAAUAAACUCGAUUAAACUUAAAAGAAAAAAAACAGAAAUA